UCGGCCAAUCGGUCAGUCCACAGCCGAGACGCGCGCUGGUCGUACGCGCGCUUGUUAUAUUUUCCCGCCAUUCAUAAACCCGAACUGCGUAACCCGCAAAACUAAAAUAUAUUUGUGCAGUGUUGUUAUUUGGAGCACCGGUGUACGCAGCUGUUAAUAAAUCGAGAACAGGAUUUUCCUGAUAUAAUCUAUACUAAUGAUAAUGUGAAGCGGACAUAAGCCAAGAUCAAAAUAUAACGUAAAUCAAAGGGGUCAAAAAUUGCAUCAAAAUGUCUACCUCAAAUCCGGCCCCGAUUGAAAAUGGUGUUGGUGAUGAUGCUCGCGGCACCACAUAUUUCUUUUCCAGGGGUAGAUCAAGCGCGUCGCUAUGGCAACGGAUAAGUCUAUUCGUAUCCAUAUAUUGGAAGUCUCUUAUAGUUGUGUUAACACCACUCAUACUGUUACCAAUUCCCGUAUUAAAUGCGGGAUCGGAUAAUGCAAGGGCUUACAAAUGCAUGUAUGUAGUACUUAUUAUGGCUAUGUACUGGGUGUUGGAGUUGCUGCCGCUUCCAGUGACGUCGAUGCUACCCAUAGUUCUCUUCCCGACCUUGGGUAUUCUCGACUCUGAUAAGACUUGUGCUGCAUAUAUGAAGGAGACUAACAUGAUGUUCAUGGGUGGGCUGAUGAUAGCCGCUGGAGUUCAGCAUUCGAAGUUACCUAAGCGAGUGGCUCUAUGGACAGUGCAAGUGGUCGGAUGUUCACAUAGAAGAUUGAACUUUGGUUUAACAUUUGUAACUAUGUUCAUAUCAAUGUGGGUGUCAAACGCGGCUGCAACAACAAUGAUGGUGCCAAUUGUUGAAGCUAUUCUAGAAGUAUUGGAACAGCAAGGGUUAGGAGAUGUGUACGUGAAUAAAAAGAAAAAUGCACUCCCAGAGAAUGGCAAAGAUAUUAAACCGGCUGACAACAGGAAUACUGACGAAGAAUCAGCGAUGCCGAGUGACAUCACGAUAUGUUACUACCUGAGCAUCGCGUACGCGUCCACACUGGGCGGCUGCGGCACGCUCGUCGGCACCGCCACCAACUCUGCAUUCAAAGGAAUAUUUGACUCGGAGUUCCCCGAGAUCUCAGGGUCGGUGAACUUCUUCUGGUUCAUGGCGUACAGCACGCCACCCAUGCUGCUCAUGCAGCUGCUGGUCUGGCUCUCCCUGCAGGUCACGUUCAUGGGAUUAUUCAGACCUAAAAGUGAGGCAGCAAAGAACGUGAACAAGGCAUCUUCAGGUUCCUUCACCACGAUGAAGGUGAUCAAAGAACAGUACAGGAACCUCGGACCUAUCACCUUCCAUGAAAAGGCGUCAGGUUUCCUGUUCAUCCUGGCUGUGUUCCUGUACAUCUUCCGCAAACCUGGCUUCAUGCCGGGCUGGGCUGAUGUCAUCACCACCAUGAAAGUGAAGGACGGUGUGACUUCUAUGUUCAUUGUGGUGCUAAUGUUUAUAUUGCCCAUGUCCAUGGACUUUGUAAAGUUCUUCUCAGCGUCUGCAUCUUAUGAAGAAUUAGCAGCAUCCAAGCCAUCCUCCGGUGUUGUGACUUGGGGUAUACUGAAGGAGAAAAUACCUUGGGGUCUGCUCUUCUUGUUGGGCGGUGGGUUCGCUCUGGCUGAAGGUAGCAAGGCAACCGGCCUGUCUUCAAUGAUCGGCUCUUCUCUGAACGGUCUACAUGGUCUGCAUCCCGCCCUCGUGCUGCUGGUGGUGGUGCUCGUCACACAGUUCAUCACUGAGUUCACCUCCAACGUCGCCAUCGCCAACCUCAUACUGCCCGUGCUCGCUAACAUGGCUCGCACGCUGGACAUGGACCCGCGCUACCUGAUGGUGCCGGCGACCCUGGCCUGCUCCAUGGCCUUCCACAUGCCGGUCGGCACUCCGCCCAACGCCAUCGUCGCCGGAGUCGCCCACAUACCCACCUCAAAGAUGGCUGUCGGUGGUAUCGGUCCGAAAAUAAUAACCACCCUUAUAGUAUGGGGUGCGUACCCCACGUGGGGUUCACUCAUCUUCAAGGCAGAGGACAUCAUCGGCCUACAGACUGCCAUUGACACCGCACCACUCACAAACCUGACACUCAGCUGCAAUGCCACCUCCGCCACAUUGUCUAUGACACCCUAUAUUAACUGCACCACUGCAGCUAAUGUAGUUAAAGGUGCAUUUAACUGCAGUUAUUCACCAUUUAAGAGUUAACUGGUUUAAAAAAGAACUGGUUUUUAGAGUAGACCAAAUAUGUAGCGGUUUAGUUGGAUGUACAAAGUUUAAUAACAGUUUAACUUAAAAAUAUGAAUUUAAAGCCAUUUUUUAAACUGAAAAAGAAUUUAUAAUGCUUAUAAAACCUGCCCUCUAUUACUACAUUAAUGUAGACAAAGUUAUAUUCUUUGUCUUUUAUGUAAUUUAAACUUGUAUGAACGUUGUGACGUCAUCUAUGUGGUAUCAUGUUAUGGUCGACGUAUUGUAAUUCCAGUGAGCCGCUGCACAUUAGUUGCAUUGCCAAAAGUGUUUACAAUAUAUUUUUAUACGACAUUGUUAGUAUAUUAGCGGAAAAAGCGGGUGCUGACUUAAUUAUAAUAUUUAAUCCAUAAUGUGGGGGCGUCGAUAAAUUACGUGAGCUGUUUUUUUUUUAAUUUUCUGCCCCUCCUUCCACCCCUAGUGAGAUGUCAUGAGAUUUUAUUCAACCCCCAUCCCCCAAACUCACGUGAGAUUUUUCAAAAUGUGAGUUUCUUACGUAAACGCGUUAGGUUAUUAUUGUAAAAAGAAAAAAAAACUGCUUCGUGCUUUUGCUUUUUUUUUGUUUCAAUCAGGAAAAAAAUUGUGUGAUAUUUGACUCGACCCCCUCUCUCCCCUAAAACACCUCACGCAAUUUAUGGUCGCCUUCUGUCCUGUAAUUAAUUCAAUCUGUGGUCGCGCCGGCCAUUUUGUGAUAUGUCAAAUUCUUGACUAAUGCAUUUUUGAGCAAUUAUUUAUUGUUUAUAUUUACUGUAUUUCUCUCAUAGCUUUGUGUUACCAUUUUUAUAUAUAUUUUUCCGUUUUUUUUUUAAAUAAAUGACUCUUUGCCUUUGGAUAUCCUAUACUAGGAUUAUUCCUUCUUUUAUUUGAAGCAUUUUAUAAAUAUAGCAAUUAAUUUGUAAUCAACCUCAAUAUUUAUAUUUAAAAAAAU